GCCUAAAACUGCGCCCUGUUCAGACGGUCGAAAAACCAUGAGGCAAAGUCACUGCAUUGUCCGUCCGUUCCUCCUAUCAACUCAACUUCUCAAGCCCGCUUUUGUCAAGACCUUUUGCCGCAUCCGCAAUAUCGUCACAUUACCUACUCUCUACGGGAGUUCUGGCCAUGGAGCUUCCUGACAUUGCUCACAACACCACUGGCAAAUUGUGGCGCAUGAGAGAUGGUCAAAAACCUCCACGGUGGCGUAGCCACCAGGAUCUCGCCCUACCGGACUUCGGUGUGGAAUUCAAGGACGUGUCAGAACUUCGCGAAUGGUUGGACGAUGAAAACACAGAAGAAGGAUCUGCGACUGGAAAAUUCGGAACGACGGUCUCUCACAAGCGAGUUCCUCCUACCGAAGACUUUGUGGCCGUGAAGCAAUUGCAAUCCGAUUCCGGAGACUCUGGGGACAUUGACAGACUGAAAAGAUUAGUGGAGACGGAGGUGAACAACAUCAAGCCACUUUCACACUUUCACAUCGUUGAGACGAUCGGAAGCUAUAGUUUCGGAAACAUGGCGGCGUUGCUUAUGGUUCCUUGGGCGCCCUUAAGUCUCAGGAAGAUAUUGAUGCAGUACGAUGAGAAGAAUCCUCCAGCACAUAUCACGGAAGGCCUGAACAAGCACGGAUGGGAAUCGGUAUCGCAGUUUGUUGCGUCCACCAUGGGCUGCAUGGCACAUGCUCUAGCACAUAUCCAUCACAAAAACAUCAAGCACAAAGACAUCAAGCCGGAUAACAUACUGAUCUGUGGCGCGCGAAUUUGGAUCACAGACUUUGAUUUGUCAGUCAAAUUCGAGGCUGAAUUUACAUCCGCAUCGGAGGGCCCACCCGAGCGCAAAGUGACACAUAAGUACGCUGCCCCGGAAGCUCUAUCACUGGAAAGCCGGGAGAAGCGUGGACGAGCACAAGACAUAUACUCCCUGGCCUGCGUCUUCAUCGAAAUCUUCGCAGUGUACAAGAAAGAUCCUUCUACCGGGAAACACCAAAACGUAGCAGAGUUGUUCGAAGAAAACACAGUAAAAUAUCAUCAAAAUAUGCCCAGGAUCGUCAAGUGGAUGACUGAACAGGUGUCUGGCAGGAGCGAUCUUCAGCUUCUGAGCCUGAUACGUGCAAUGGUCAGUGAGACGCCGAGGGAGAGGCCCACGGCCACCCAGGUUUGGAAGGAGCUGGUCAUCAUACACGGUGACGCUUUGGAAGCACCAUUUUGCGGAGCUUGCUGCAUGCCUCAAGACUCUCACCUGACAAAGGUCGCCAAGGUUCCCCAUCCGCUGGCUUACCCUUCGGCAGAGAUAAGCCCCGAAAACGCGGCCAAAUCUGCUACAAGAACCAGUGAAUUCGAAACGUCGUACAGCGAUGCCAAUCGCUCGCCCUACUUCCGCAAUCGAUACCUUCGGAUCGACAAGAUUUACAAUCUCGAUUCUGUCAGCGACGCUAACACUGAAGGCAAAGCUGGUAAGCGGAUCCUGUGUCGGAAAACCUUUCACAGAGAUCAGAACAAAGAAGACACGGCAGAGGCAAAAGACCUAAUUGCUGGCCUUGCCCAAACUGAGGCAAGACUUCUCGAGAAUCUGACGCCCUGCAAGCCAAAUGGAGGUGCUCGACACAUGGUCAAUUUCGAAGCAACAUAUCGAGAAGGAGAGAAUUUCGCGAUUCUGACGACGCCUGUGACAAAGUAUAACCUCCACGAAUAUCUCUCGAUGGUGGAGUUGAAGCGGAAAGAAAAUGCGUUAGGUAGUUGGGAAAGGGUGUUGCGUGAAUCUUCCGGCUGUCUGGCUGGUACGUUAAGUUAUCUGCACAAGCAAGGAAUCGCGCAUGGCGCUGUUAGCCCAGAAAACAUCCUUGUAGAUCUGGAGGACAACAACAAAAUCUACCUUGCUAAUUUCGGCGAGGCCGCUGUGAUCAAGCGCAUUAAAGACAUACGUGAAGUUGGCAGCAAACCGCAGGUGAGUGAUCUACAACCUUUUACCCAGUCGAAGACCAAUUCAAGACCCCAGAACCCGUAUGCGCCAUCGCAAGGUCGGAUGUCCGAAGAGAUAUACAAUGCCACAGAUGUCUUUGGCUUGGGUUGCGCAGCUCUCGAGAUGGAGACUGUCAGGCUGGGCAGUAGCCGAGACGCAAUGUGGAAGUUCUUGCUGCAAGAUCCUUCGCAAAAUGUCACCAACGAUGACAAAACGAGCUCCGAGCUCGCUAACGGGGAACAACCAGCUUACAACGCUAACGACACCGGUUCUACAGUGCGACCCUCCAAAAAAGAGCGAGUAUCUAACGUCUCCACUGACGCUGGGUCUAAACCGCAGUCCGCCAAAAAGACACGAUCAUCUAACGUCUCCAAGGGCGCUGGGUCUAAAUCGCAGUCCGCCAAGAUGAAGCAAUUACCAGUAGUUAAUGGCUCCAACGACACGGAGUCUAAGUCGCAGCCUGCGGGCGGUAAGCGGUCAGUCCGUGAAGCGGGGUCAAAAUCGCAGCCCAUAGAGGAGAAGCAACCAGCUAACGGCUCCAACGACACGGAGUUCAAUUUACAGCCCGCGGACGGCAAGCGGCCAACCAAUGAAGGCAACGAAGAUAGCUCCGCGAAAAGCACCGCGGAAGCCGACGAGGACGACAACAGUACCUACACCUGGCUCUCUGGGGGUCCAAACAAGAAUAUGCUGUAUGACGAACCAAGAGUCCUUGCAAGACUUCCUGAGUGGAUACAGAAGCAAUGUUUCGCCGAGAAUUAUGGUGCGCUGAUCGUCCGCAUGAUGGAUCCGGAGCCUCAAAAGCGACCUACGGCAUACGAAAUCCACUGCAGUAUGAGCAAGAUGAAAGACUGGAAUUCCCGGAUGAUGUGUGGUAAAAAUUGCGUCCCUGAAGAGCAAGGAGACGUUGAGAAAAAGAAGGCGGGAUUAGAAAUCAAAGAGACGCGGUAGAUAGUGUCAA